AUGAUUCGUUCGAAAUUGCCGGAGGAAGUGUUAGUGCAACUUGAAAUUCAAAAUGGAGCGGAUAACAAGUGGUCAGUAAAUUCGCUUACCAAAAUAUUGCGGGAGUAUGUUAUUGCUCGUGAACGCGCAGAAAAAAGAAGCAGUGGUCCAAACAAUAGAUCAGAAUAUCAAAAUCGGGAUAAGACACAAAAUCGUGUGUUUUACAAACAGGAUGUAUACAAGAAGAAUAGUUUCAAAGGAAACAAUGGUACAUCGGAGUACAACUCUUUUGCACAAGCUCUUGUAUCAACUGGUAUCAAGCCAAAUUCAGUACCUUCAAAGGAGAAACAGGAACCAUACGCCAAUAAAUGUCAGAAACUACACUGGAGUGACGAAUGCACGAGUUACAGAACUAUAGGAGAGAGGAAAAAGCAACUCCGUGGUUCAUGUUUUAAGUGCUUAAAAGAAGGACACAAAUCACAAGAUUGCAAAACAAAUAAAAAAUGUGUACAUUGUGGUGAAAUUAAUUCCCACCACAGAAGUCUCUGUCCUAACAAAUUUCAAGUUAUUCCGUCCAGUGUUCAUCUGUCUGAAGAAAAUAAUAGCAUACUACCACCAGAGGAAUCAGAAGAAAUGAAAGAAGCUCAAGUUUUAAUAUCGUCGGACGAAAUGGUGUUAAUGCAAACAGCGAAAAGGGAUAUAGUGAAUCCAACAAGUUCAGAAAAACAAACACAAGAUUACUACUAG